AUGACCCAACUCACCUCUGUUGUCGUCAUCACCCACACCUUUUUUCAGCCAGAAGAGAAGCUUAAGUAUCGGCGAGUCUUCAUCCUUGUCUGCCUCAUGUUGAGAGACCAGGAAUCGUCUCAAUGGGACGGAGAUGUCCGGGCUUGGCGUUGGGGGACCUCCAACCAUGAAAUGGCUCGGUCCAAGGACUUCCGAAACCUUUGCUGCUGGGCUGCUCGAUGGGGAAUGAGAGAGGGGUCUGGGUCUGGUGCAAGGUUCGAACGUGAGAGGGCAGGCUCUGUUGGCGUUAAUGUUAAUGUCAAUCGAUUCAAGCAGGACAGAGCAGGCGCAACUUCAGUGCUAAGUCUGUAUGACCGCGAAGGCACUACUUUGGAGUCGGUGAUGAGCUGGUUGGAUCGCGAUCUAUGCUUCUUUGCGGGACCAUGUUCAGAGGCUGCGAGCUCGUCUUCGCUUUGCACGAGGAAUGCGUGUACAGGAGGGGAUGCUGGUGCAGGGUGGAGCCCAAGUUCGAUGUUUGAUGAAGUUGGUGUUGAGAAUGAUGAGAAUCAUCGAGUAACGGGCGAGUACCAUGAUAUUCUGGUGUACCUCACAGAUGACAGUUCUAAAGAUAUUGUGACACCUGUAGGCGUCACUGUUGAAGCAAUCACCACGAUGAAACUCGUGAAAGCUAUAUUCGCCAUUCCAGCACGCGCGGAGAUGCGAGCGUUUUCAUUGCUUCCAUGA